CUGCCACCAGUGCCGGGGCGCACAGCCCUGGAGGCGGUGUGUGGCUCUUUAUUGUUCCAGCAGAACGCUCGGUGCGCGGCUGGCCACAUUUGUUUCAAUGGCUGCCGCACAGAAACCACGUCCCACCUGAGAGGGAGCGGUUCAGCUGCGAACACAGGAGCCCCCCGAAGCCCGAAGUUAGCUGCAGAGCAGCGCCGUGUGCGGAAUAAAAGCUCCUUUACUGACCGACAAUCUGUGGAUCCUGGAGGAAGAGGGGACGUGAACAGAGGUCCCUGCAGCUCAACAGUCCUUUCCUGCACCGUCUGUCACCAUGGUGGAACCAGCCGAUAGGCCGUCCACAGCCGGACAGAGGCUGGGCGCCCCGGAAAGCUUUGGGGUGUCGACCCUGGAGCCCGGCCGUCGUCCUCCUGCUCAGCCUCCAGGGCGACUAGUCUCCAUACGGGUGCAGAUGCUCGACGACACACAGGAAGUCUUCCAGAUAUCGCAACGUUCCCCCGGCAAAGUGCUGUUCGACCUGGUCUGUACCCAUCUGAACCUGUCGGAGGGAGACUACUUUGGACUGGAGUACCAGGACCAGCGCAAGAUGACGGUGUGGCUGGAUCUGCUGAAACCGACGCUGAAGCAGAUCAGACGGCCUAAAAACACCAUCCUUCGCUUUGUGGUGAAGUUCUUCCCUCCUGACCACACACAGCUCAUGGAGGAGCUGACUCGGUAUCUGUUCGCCCUGCAGAUUAAGCGUGAUCUGGCCUGUGGUCGCCUCAUCUGCAACGACACCAGUGCCGCCCUCAUGGUGUCCCACAUCAUUCAGUCCGAGAUCGGAGACUUCGACGAGACCCAGAGCUGGCAGCAUCUCCUGCACAACAAGUACCUGCCCGACCAGGACGCCAUCAGAGACAAGAUCACCGACUGCCACCGCAAGCAUGUCGGACAGACUCCAGCAGAGUCGGACUACCAGCUGCUGGAAAUCGCCCGGCGCUUGGAGAUGUACGGUGUUCGUCUGCACCCAGCGAAGGACCGAGAGGGAACCAAGCUGAGCCUGGCUGUGGCGCACACUGGGGUGCUGGUGUUCCAGGGCUACACAAAAAUUAACGCCUUCAACUGGUCCAAGAUUCGCAAACUGAGCUUCAAACGCAAAAGAUUCCUGAUCAAGCUGAGAGCCGACCCCACUCAGAACGCCCAUCACGACACGCUGGAGUUCGCCAUGGCCAGCAGGGAUUGCUGUAAGAUUUUCUGGAAGAUCUGCGUCGAGUAUCACGCCUUCUUCAGGCUCUUCGAGGAGCCGAAGCCCAAACCUAAACCCAUCCUGUUCACCAGAGGAUCCUCGUUCCGUUUCAGCGGUCGAACCCAGAAGCAGAUCAUCGAUUACGUGAAAGACUCGGAGCUCAAGAAAGUUUCAUUUGAAAGGAAGCACAGUAAGAUUCUGUCCAGCGGCAGCAUGUCUCCACAAUCAUCUUCCUUCAGAUCGCAAGUGCCAAGAGAGAGUGCCAUGUCGGUCCCGUUAGCAGACCAGCCUGACUCGGCCAGACUGGACCUUCAAGCUGAAUCUAAUGGUUCAGAGGAGCCGCCAGUGGUCGCACAUCCCACCAACGGUUUCCACAGCGUAUCAGCAGCACCUGGAUCAGACCCAACUCAGCCCCGACAGAACCACCACCACGGCAUAGACCAGCAGCUCCUCAACCCAGGAAGUCCCGCUUCACAGGACUCUCCGCUGGGAAGUCCCCAUGUGGUUUUUAACGGCAACGCCUCGGUGAACGGGCAGGGCGUCGGCGGCGUCCUGGGUCCGGGGCAGAUUCCUGAGGGGCAGCACCUAUCACCACUUACCAGCCCGCUGCUCACCGAAGCUGGAUACGUCCGCAAUGAAGAUGAGGAUGAGGCGAGGAGGAAGAAGUUUCCCACAGACAAGGCCUACUUCAUAGCAAAGGAACUGUUAACCACAGAGCGGACCUACCUCAAAGACCUGCAGGUCAUCACAGAGUCGUUCCCGAGCGCCGUGGGCAAAGACGAGGCGUUUCCAGACUCCGUAAAGAACAUGAUCUCUGCCAGCUACGAUCCGGUUUACAUCUUUCACCAGGGAUUCCUCAAAGAGACGGAGCAGCGGCUGGCUCAGUGGGAGGGCCGAUCCAACGCCCACAUUAAAGGAGACUAUCAGAGAAUUGGUGACGUUUUACUGAAGAACAUUCAGGGCCUGAGGCAGUUGACCGUUCAUCUGCAGAAGCAUUCAGAGUGCCUGGUGGAACUGGAGCGGGCCUGUAGGUCCGGUCGGAAGGUGGAGUCUCUUUGCCGAGACUUUGAGCAGCAGCGAGUUUGCUACCUUCCCCUCAACAUCUUCCUGCUGAGGCCCCUGCACCGCCUGCUGCACUACAAACUGAUCCUGGAGCGGCUGUGCAAGCACUACCCGCCCACCCACGACGACUUCAGGGACUGCAGAGCCGCCCUCGCCGACAUCUCCGAGAUGGUGCUGCAGCUUCAGGGCACCAUGAUGAAGAUGGAGAACUUCCAGAAGCUUCUAGAGCUGAAGAAAGAUCUCACCGGCAUCGACAACUUAGUCACUCCUGGGAGGGAGUUUAUUCGGCUCGGCUGCCUCAGCAAGCUGUCAGGGAAGGGCCUCCAGCAGAGGAUGUUCUUCCUGGUAUCACCUCCACUUCUGUCUCCCAAAUGUUCUGCUACUGUCAAAAGCGUGUCUGUAACGCACUGCCCUGUUGUGUCUUUCUCCUCCUUCCAGUUCAGCGAUUUCUUGGUGUACACCAGUCGAGGGAUGACCCCGUCCAAUCAGUUCAAGGUUCACGGUCAGCUGCCUCUCUUCGGCAUGACGAUCAGAGAAAGCGAGGAGGAGUGGGGAGUCCCUCAUUCGUUCACCUUGUUCGGGCAGCGCCAGUCUGUGGUGGUGGCAGCCAGCUGUGCGUCAGAGAUGGAGCGCUGGGUGGAGGACAUCAGGAUGGCCAUUGACCUGGCAGAGCAGAGCAGCAGCCCGAACAAUGAUCUGCUCUCCACCAGCCCCUCUGACAACAAGCUGUCGGAGGACGGUGGAGGCGAUCAGGAGUCGGAGGAGGAGCUCGGCGGCUCGCGCUCGUCUCUGGAGCGUCAGGGUCACCGUGGCAACACCACCGUGCACGUCUGCUGGCACCGCAACACCAGCGUCUCCAUGGUGGACUUCAGCGUCGCCGUGGAGAACCAGCUCUCCGGAAACCUGCUGCGAAAGUUCAAGAACAGUAACGGCUGGCAGAAGCUCUGGGUGGUUUUCACCAACUUCAGCCUCUUCUUCUACAAGUCACACCAGGACGACUACCCUCUGGCCAGCCUCCCUCUGCUCGGCUACUCCGUCACCGUCCCAGCGGAGUCAGAAAACAUCCACAAGGAUUACGUCUUCAAACUCCACUUCAAAUCUCACGUCUACUACUUCAGAUCAGAGAGCGAGUACACAUUUGAAAGGUGGAUGGAGGUGAUCCGCAGCGCCACCUGCUCCGCCAGCCGCUCACUGCCCAGCACCAGGAAAGACCUUUACUGAUGAAUCCUCCUCAUUGUUGCCGCCUGGUCACCAGAAGAGACUCUUAUUACAGCCACAGAAUGGUGGUGCACGCAGCAGACACUAAUUAAUACCUCUGAACAGCUGAUUCACCCUCACUCAGAGCUCCUCCCUCCUAUUACACACUUCCUGCACCACUAACGUGCACAAACUGGAAGCACAAAAUCCUGCCGGUGGUGUUUUCCCCCCCACUUUAUUCAGUGUUGUUCACAUGCACACACCCACGAAACCACAGAGGGUUUAAUUUUUUUAUCAUAAACCUGAAUAAAAUGCAUUAAAACAAGGGUUUGUGCACCAUAUUGUAUUACUUCCUCGCUCUUUGUAUGUUUUUCAAAUUAGGAAAAGAGGUUUUAAUCAUUUCUACGUGACAAGCUGUGUGCAUGUGAACGCACUUUUAAAAAAUCGGUCACAAUCUUCAUAUAGUUUGGUGAUUUAAAUGUGAUGGACACAAUAGCAGAGUCAUGUUUUCCUUUUUAUAAGGCGACUUUUUGUACAGUACUUUGAUACACUGUGAAAUGUUCUUCUCGAUCAUCUUUCUUGAUUAUUUUUUCUUAUUUGUUUUGGUCCCGUUUAAGGGGGGACAAACUGAUUUCAACACUUUGAACUUGCUUCCAAAGCCAACUGAGAUUUUGCUGGUCUAUUGCCAAUUACCUUCUCUUCAGUAUUCCUCCAGUUGUCUGGAUUUUUCUAUUUUAAAUAAAGAUCGGAAAAAUAAUGUGUUCA